AAGUCCGCCACCACGCAAAAGUCAAGAGCAUCGCGCAUCUGUCACGGAUUUCCCAUCCUCCACUCACUCGGAUGGUGCUAAAAAAUUUACAGUGAUCAGGUGAUGCGCUACAAUUUCUGUAGACGUGAUUUUAUUAUUUCCUUUGAUCGGACUGGGCGGCAAAUGAAAGCUGUUGCUGUGUCACGGUUCGCCGUAGCUGGCUCCACGCCCUCAAAAUGACGGACAUCGCGUCUCCCAACUACGAACCGGCCGUUGAGGACCGCGCCGUCACCACCAACGGGGAAAAUGAUAUUACCGUCGAGCAGGAUACUGUUGUCAAGGCAGAAAUAACCCCUGAACCAUUGAAAGUCGAAUCUCACGUUAAUGGCACCGCCGAACCCGACGCGACUGUCCCCGAAGCAUCUAACGAGACUACGGCGCAUGCCACAGAGCCAUCAACAACCAACGGUACGACUCAUGAUGGCGAUGCUGAUGUAUCUGCGACUCGAAAACGACCCAGAGAUGAGACGCCACCACCAUCAGCCCGUAAACUAAAGGCCGAAUCCCCGCCAUGGAAGAAGGUCUCAGCAGAGGGGCCUACAUCCUUUACUGAAGAGGGCCGAAGGAAAUCUGGGCGCAUUAAUUUGGUACCACUGGAGUUGCAGCCUCAAGGAAAGAAGCGCAUGACGCGCGGUACAAGAGGCGCACAGACAGCGACACCCAAAAAGGAAGACUCUACUCCAAAAUCGAAGCUUACAAAAACUCCAACCACAAACCCACGAUCAGGGCGGAAAAGCUCAAUCGCAUACGAAACUAAUACCCCCUCAUCAAAAUCGGCAAAGAAAAAGCAAUCUACUCUUAAUUCAAAAUCCUCCUCCCGAUCCUCUCGCCGCCGAACCCCCUCUCCUCGACCCCAGCCUACACGCCAGUCAUCACGCGCGCAUCGACCAUCACGGCAUGCAGACGAUGACGAAACCACCCCGAACCGAAGCUCUUCCUAUUAUGAUACAGGCCGCUCGCCGAGGAUUAAGCUACGAAUCGCAUUCUCGGACGAGAUUCCUUUGGUCCAUGCUGACCAAGUAAGCAAACGCAAGAAAAUUGGCAGCAGUUUUGAGGACUUUUGGAGCAAGGCGGGCGGUAUCCCUGUAGAAGAAGGCGGCCUCUACGCUUCCGAAGAAGGACCUCUAUUUACCGACGAACUCGCUACCCGCGAUGCCAAGCUGAUACUGAGGGUAGAAGAGGAGGUUGAACCAGGUGGUCUGUUGUCCUUGGGACGAUGUUCUCUCUUCUUUCCACAAGGAGAAGAAGAGCCACCGCGUCAAUAUGCUAGACAGGACCAUAUGGUCAAAGCCAUGGCCAACUUUCGGAAACUGCUUUUAGGAGAACAGCAAAGGCAUCGAGCAACAGCGAAGAAGCUUGCUGAAGCUUGUCGUGAUGAGUGGAUCCGCCGCCAACCGAAAUCCGCCGAACAAAUCGAAGCCGAAGCACGCGAAAUUUGUAUACUUCGAUACCGACUAGUCACCAAGGCUAUGGCGGCAACAUGGGAAAACGUACGCGCCCAGGUCAACCGUAAUCGUCUAGCGGAAUGGGAGGCAGAGGAGCAGAAACGUGUCAAGGCAGCCCUGAAUGAGGCCGUGAACUUGUCGGAACAGAAGCUGCAAGCGCGCCGCGAGAUGGACUCGGAAUUGGCGUCUGACGAAGACAUGGAUAACAUGAGUGAUGUUACCAGUAACAUGGCAGACGCAGACCGCGAUUCAGACCUCGCUUCCAACGAGAGUAAUAGCGACGAUGAAUCGGAUGAAGAGGACAGCGAUGUCAUGUCUUCGGAUGAGGACAGUGACGACAACGACGAAGCGAAUGGCCAAGACGCAGCCGAUGAAGGUCUCACCCAGGAGCAGUUGCGAUUGAAAUAUGCUAAUAUCCCUGAUGUUGAAAUCGAAUCUACGGCUGAUGAUAAGACAUCCCGAGACAUUAGCCGCGCUGUUACCGUCGAGGAGACUACCGAUAUUGGAGGUGCCUCCAGUGAUGAGUCUGUUGAUAUGGAUGACGACAUGGGCUCCAGCGACGACGACAGCGACGAAGACAACAAUUCCGAAGAGGAGAGCUCUGAUCAAGAAGAUAUUGAAGAUGAUGCCCCAGCAGGUGGUCUAUUAGGCAUGUUCUUUGGUAAAAGUGAGCUGCAGAAGCUGAAGGAGGAGGCUCCAGAGUCGCCACCGAAAGCCGAAGACGUUGAUGUUGACAUGGGAGAGGCACCAACGGCGCCUGUUCCAGACUUUGGUGUCCAAGAUGCUACGGAAGCAAAGUCUGAAGACGAGAUUUCUCUAAUAAAAUACCCGGAAUCCGACGUGUCCGAUACCGAAACCUCGAAGCCUGUAGAGGCCAAUGUCGAACCGAUAGAGUCGACCAACGCUGCCUCCGAACCUGCUGAGUCCGCCAAAGCUGAGGUCGAGCCUGUUAUCCAAGAGGAAGCACAUGCUGCCAUGGAAUCCGGCACGGUUACCGUAACAAGCCCUCCCGACACAGAGCUUGCAGCACCUACUCUCGAACCUCGCGAAAUACAAGCUGAUGAUGAAGGCUCCACAAGUGAUCAUCCUAUGGAAGACCAGCCGGUGGUCAACGAGAUGGAUGAGCAACCCUCCAAGCUAAUCAGCCCCGAGACGGAAACCGAUGCAGCCAAACCAGGCAACAACGUCGGAAAUGGUGACAUUGUGGAGGAGGUGGACGCCCCAGAGGCGAUGGAGAUCGUCACUAAAGAUGCAACUCCUGACUCAGAGGUCGUUGAAGAAAUCAAACCAACAAGCCGCCACAAAACCGAAGUUCCUUUCCUGCUUCGUGGUACCCUCAGAGAGUAUCAGAGAGAUGGCCUAGACUGGCUUGCCGGACUGUAUGCUAACAACACCAACGGCAUUUUGGCAGAUGAAAUGGGACUGGGAAAGACAAUUCAAACUAUUGCCUUGCUGGCUCAUCUAGCCUGCCAUCAUGAAGUUUGGGGCCCGCAUCUGGUUAUUGUUCCGACUUCCGUAAUGCUCAACUGGGAAAUGGAGUUUAAGAAGUGGUGCCCUGGAUUCAAGAUCUUGGCCUACUACGGAACUCAAGAAGAGCGUAAGCGAAAGCGACAAGGCUGGAAUAAUGACGAUAUUUGGAACGUCUGCAUCACAUCCUAUCAGCUGGUGCUCCAAGAUCAACAAGUUUUUAAGCGUCGCAAAUGGCAUUACAUGAUUCUCGAUGAAGCACACAACAUCAAGAAUUUCAAAUCCCAACGAUGGCAGAGUCUUCUCGGAUUCAACACACAGGCCCGUCUAUUACUGACAGGAACGCCUCUCCAGAACAACCUGACGGAGCUGUGGUCUCUCUUGUUCUUUUUGACUCCCGCCGAGAAUGGCCAAGGUGGUUUUGCGGAUUUGCAAGAGUUCCACGAAUGGUUCCACAAACCUGAAUCUCAAAUUUUGGAAAGUGGUCGCGACCAGAUGGAUGAUGAAGCUCGCGCAAUUAUCUCCAAACUCCACAAGGUGCUUCGCCCAUAUCUACUGCGUCGUCUCAAGGCGGAUGUUGAGAAGCAGAUGCCUGGAAAGUAUGAGCAUGUCGAGUUCUGCCGUCUAUCAAAGCGACAGCGUGAACUGUACGACGGCUUCUUGGCGCGUUCCGAGACCAAGGAUACUCUUGCAUCUGGCAAUUAUCUUUCUAUUAUCAACUGUUUGAUGCAGCUCAGAAAAGUGUGCAAUCAUCCGGAUCUGUUUGUGGACCGACCUAUUAUGACAUCCCUCCGUAUGGGACACUCAGUUGCUGCCGAUUAUGAAAUGGCCGAAGUCAAAGUCCGAAAUACUUUGCUGGCUGAAAAGCCCAUGAGCUCGGUUAGCCUAAGCUUUCUAAACCUGAUUCCCACGGAGCAUGAAAACAUCUCUAGCGUCACAGCCGAACGAAUCUCACAACUCAGCUCCCACCGAAUUCUGACGGAUCUACGUGAGACGCAACGAUACAGAGCGCAGCAUGCAUACGCAGCGUUGGACCCAUCAUCUGUCCGUACAAACAUGGCAUACCUGGAGAGCGCCUCCCGAUGGGGACGUUUUGAAGAACUUCAACAUGGAACGUACUUGAACGCCUUGCGUCGCCAACAAAAGCCAAUUUAUGGCAAAAAUGUCAUUGAUCUCGUGACAAUUGACGCACACAAGCGACCUAAUCGGCCAAAGCCCAAGAUUCCAAGGCUCAUUAUGAGCUGGUUUGAACAGGAGUCGCAUCUGAUCAACUCACUCACACCGUCUCUGGGCCAACGCGCAGAUGCAUACAAGACUAUUAUUGAAAAGUUUUCCUGCGUCACGCCGGCUGUGGUUACGCGAGACUUGAACCAAGUCCUCAUGGGACGCAAGAACAUGGAAGCUUUUACUGAUGCUGACCUGAAGCUCUCAGCGCCAGUUCGAUGGGCACCAUUUGUGCCCAAGGAACCACCCUUGGAUCCUUGGCAUGAGGCUCGUAUGCGCCUCAGCAUUCAGUUCCCGGAUAAGCGUCUGCUACAGUACGAUUGCGGCAAGCUUCAAACCUUGGACAAGCUCCUGCGCAAGCUGCAAUCUGGAGGACAUCGCGCGCUUAUCUUCACCCAAAUGACGAAGGUGCUCGAUAUAUUGGAACAAUUCCUCAACAUUCACGGCCACAAGUAUCUCCGAUUGGACGGAUCAACAAAGGUUGAGCAACGGCAGAUUUUGACUGACAGAUUUAACCAUGACCCGCGCAUUCUCUGCUUCAUCCUAUCGACAAGAUCUGGUGGUUUAGGUAUCAAUCUUACCGGAGCUGACACCGUCAUCUUCUACGAUCAAGAUUGGAACCCUGCCAUGGACAAGCAAUGCCAGGAUCGAUGCCAUCGUAUUGGCCAGACUCGCGAUGUCCAUAUUUACCGAUUGGUCAGCGAGCACACGAUUGAGGCCAACAUUCUGCGCAAAGCCUCCCAGAAGCAGAUGCUGGAUGAUGUAGUCAUUCAAGAAGGCGAGUUUACAACAGAACAUUUCAAUCGAGCGUCAGUUCGCGAUGUGCUCGGUGAGAAGCUGGACAUGAUGAGCGAGGGUGUCUCGGCAGCAGAUGCCGCCCUUGACCGAGUUCUGGGCGGCCCGGAACAUACCAAGAGUGACCGUGCCGUCGGCCGUGUAUUUGAACAAGCCGAAGAUCGCGAAGAUGUUGCCGCGGCUCGUCAAGCUGAGAAGGAAAUCUUGGCAGAUGACGCAGACUUUACGGAAAAGGCAAACGGACCGGCGUCUGGAACCUCGAGCACGUGCCAGGGCACACCACUGGCCCGUGCUGGAGGCGACGACGAUGUACUAUUAGAUGAAGAGAAUAUGGAGGAGGUUGAGUACAGUGCAUGGGGAGAGCGUAUCAAGACCAUUGACCAGUACAUGCUGGCGACGAUGGCAGAGGAGCUUAAACACACCAAGCUGGAGCUUCCCAAGGAUAAGAAGAAAGCCAAGAAGAAAGGGCGCGAUACUCGCAAACGAUGAGCGGUUUGAUGUGAGGGUGUAUUUAUGAUUGUGUUUUUUUUGUCUUCUUUUUUGCAGCAUUUGCAUCUUUACAAAGGCGCAUUCUCUUGUUCUUUUUGGAUAGAGGGAUGGGAUAGGGGCGGUGUUUGUAUGACUAUUGAAAUGUAUAACGGCUCCACGUUUUGAGAG